AUGUACACGAUACCCCCAAUCGAACUUGCUCCAAUGGAGUCAUUCUCUACACUUGUCACGAGAGCCCGAAUCCACAAGUCUUACUACGAUUACAACCCCUCACGGACGCUCGCAAUAAUCGCAACCGCUCUUUAUGCCACAACAUGCACCCUCCAUAUACUCCAGGUAGCUCGUUAUCGCGCCUGGUACUUCUCCGUUAUCAUUGUUGCCGGCCUUAUGGAAACCUUCGGAUAUGCCACCCGUGUACUUUCGCAGGCUGAUGUCUUCAGUCGCGGCCUCUUCAUCGCGCAGUUUGCUCUCGUCGUCCUAGCCCCUGUUCUCAUCGCCGCCGCAUCUUACAUACUCUUUGGGCGCCUACUCGAAAUCGUCCUCCCCGGUGGUCGCAACGCGAGGUCCCUGGGGGUACCAGCAAGAUGGGUCACUUGGAUAUUUUUGACGGGGGAUAUAACGUCGUUUGUGCUACAGGGCAUUGGUGCGGGGAUAAUGAGUGGUGCCAGUGGUGGCACGAAUAUGAAAAAGAUGAAUACAGGUCGAAAUGUUAUGUUGACGGGAUUGGCUGUGCAGAUUGUCACUUUUGGGUUUUUUAUCGCCGCAACAAUCAGAUUCGAUUUCAAGUCAAGGUCUUUGGCGACAUUGGGUUCGGGAAGGCCUAGAUGGAGGAUCCUCCUAUGGGCAUUAUAUGCCAACUCGGUUCUCAUUAUGUUGAGGAGUUGCUAUCGUGUAGCAGAGUUCUCACAAGGUUGGACAGGAUAUUUGGCUUCACAUGAGGUCUACUUCUACUGUCUAGAAGCACUCCCGAUGUUCCCAUGCUUUGUGAUCUUCAACAUCUUUCAUCCAUCUAGGCUGCUAGACACAGUAAGAAAGGAGGACGUAGUAGUUGUUGAGGAGGGAUCGGGGUCCAUGGAGGAGAUAAAGGCAUAG